CAUGCUCCUUGAGAUUCAUUCAUAAACACAGUUCCUUACAGGCGCCUGCGCGUUGGACUACGCACGUUAAAUGCCGAAUUGAUACCACAGGACACAAAACAAUUCGGCUUUGCGCCAAAAUUAAAUCACGGCUGCCUCAGUACGACAUCGCACGUUCAUUGGCACAGACGUGUUCCGUUUUCCGGUAGGAAGAGGACAGGUGUUUAGAAAAUAUCAGGAAAUGUGUUGGGAUUAGACAGUAGUCAUGCCUGGUAGGAUAUGUAUGCUGCUGGUGCUUCUGUGCCUCGUGAGUUUCUGCCGCGGUGGCAAAAAGCCAGGGGAGGUGCUCCUGGUCAUCGCCUGCCCACCGUAUCCUUUGCAGGCCAGAAAUGAGUGCUCAGCCUUAUCGCACAGCGUGCUGGAGCAGCAGCGAGCACUGGUGCUGGCCGAUAUCUUCCCCGGAGACUUUGUCCUGAAGGUCCAUGUGAUGCAUGAGCUGUUUAAUUAUUGGACCCUGCUGGACGCACUGCCUCAUCUGCGAGCCCAGGCACGUGUGCUGGGUGCGCGCACGGAAUGGAUUAUAUGGUGUCAACACAACACGCGUGUUGCCUCGCUGCGCGGCCUGCUCGAGCAACUGCGUCGCCAGGACCCCAGGGAGCUCUCCUUCUACGGCCACGCCCUCUACGAUGCGGAGGCCACCAUUAUCCACCACUUCUCGAACUACCAGGAUCCCCAGCGGUUCCCGUACCCCAUGCUCAGUGCCGGAGUCGUUUUCUCUGGUGCUCUGUUGCGAAGGUUGGCGGAUCUGGUGGCUCCCAAUGGCCACAACAUCACCCAUCACAGCGACUUCUCCAUUGAUGCCUCUCACGAACUGGCGCGCUUUAUAUUCGACAAUGUAUCGCCGCAUCCGCACAUUAGCACCCCGAUUUCCGGAGGAAUCAUGCUGAAAGGUGCCAGCUACAUUUGCCCCACCGCCGCAUCCGUGCCGCACAGGAAAGUGGCAUGUGUGCUGCACGCGCAGCCGGAGGAGCCACUGACUUCGUUGGGGCAGCGGAGGAAUGGCUGUGAGCACACAACAGGAUCGCACAUAUACUUCGCCAUCAAAACCUGUGCGAAAUUCCACAAGGAACGCAUACCAAUCAUCGAGCGCACCUGGGCAGCCGACGCCCGGAACAGGAGAUACUACAGCGAUGUGGCAGACGCCAGCAUUCCGACAAUCGGCACUGGGAUACCCAAUGUGCAGUCUGGACACUGUGCCAAGAUGAUGGCCAUCCUACGAUUAUCCCUCAAGGACAUCGGCGAGCAACAGGACAUCCACUGGCUCAUGCUCGUCGACGAUGACACGCUGCUGAGUGUGCCCCGACUGAGCGUCCUCCUGUGCCGCCACAACGCCACGGAGCUGGUGUACCUGGGCCAGCGAUAUGGCUACCGACUGCACGCUCCCGACGGCUUCAAUUACCACACGGGUGGAGCCGGCAUCGUGCUCAGCCUGCCGCUGGUGCGGCUCAUCGUGGAGCGCUGCAGUUGCCCCAGUGCCAGCGCACCCGACGACAUGAUCCUGGGCUACUGCCUCCAAGCGCUGGGCGUGCCGGCGAUUCCCGCUGCCGGAUUGCAUCAGGCCAGGCCGCAGGACUACGCCGGCGAACUGCUGCAGCUGCAGCCGCCGCUGUCCUUCCACAAGUUCUGGAACACCGAUCCGGAGCACACCUACCGCCGCUGGCUGGGAGGCAGCCUGGUCAACCGUAGUGCCCCGCUGGCGACGCACCAGGAGCAGCCCGCUGCUGGACCACUCCACACGAUGAUGGGGCGGCAUUCCUUGGCCGCAGGCGUCGGAUUGCUGCAGGAAACGGGGCUGGGCAAGCACCUGGAUCUCUGAGCCGCUGCGGUGAGUGCUGAUGCAGAGAACGGAAGUUGGCAGUGGCAGUGGCGGCGGGCGGAAUCCGAAAACCAAUCUGCAGGCGGCAGACAUCAAGCGGCUGCCAAGCACACGAAUUCCCAUUUUCUAUAGACCGAAAUUAAAAUUGCGACUGGGUUUAGUCGCAACUCUGUGCACUUGUCUGCUUUGCGGCUUUCGUGUCAGUUUAAUUAGUAGAAAUGCUCAAAUGUGGCUGAGUUUUCAUUUUCAUUUCAUCAUUGGCGCUGUUUGGGCUUGGAAAAUAUUCCUUUUCCUCGGCAUUCGGUGGCAUCAUUGCCAGCAUUUUUCGCUGACACAGAUACAGAAACUUUACACAAAAAUGAAUCUGGACAGUGACAGUGACUUUACUGCCACAAUGAGGUUGAUGCAGGGCCCAAAAAAGCUAUCUGAUUUGAGGUGUGCGGAUAACCUGCUCACAAUUGGCUUAAACUAAGUGAGGUACUAGAUACUAAGAAGCUUAGAUACCAGAUACUAAGCCUAGAACUUAGGUGUUAGAUAGAUUCAAAUAUAUUUCUGGACCCACAAAGUCAUAUUAUUACAUAUUAUGAUGAACAACUUGCUUGGCUUUCAAUAUGCCUCCUUCCGUGGGAAUUUGUCACUAGUAUAGUGAGCAGAUCCAUUACCCAGCAUCGAAAUGCAUAUCAUUUGCAUUCGAUUCCAUUCGACGACACUUUAACCACAUCGCAACUCAAAGUACCUGCUUAAAUCAGCAUUUUUCGCACUUCGACCUCAUUAAAUGCAAAUUUUAAGGCUCCAAGGGACGAAUUGGUGACUACUUCUCUUUCGGUGGCAUCAACAGCUUACGCUUGGGUGCACUUUUCCAAUGGCUGGCGUGGCUCUUGGGUGUUGGGAGUUGGCUACGUUGUACCGCCAUCCGCCCAUCGCGUAUCCGUCGGAUAAACAAAGGGGUCAAUCUGCACGGAGCGCCAAGUCUAGUCGAGUACUUUAAGUGCCGUGUUGGCUUUCCUAGCACCACUCUUUAAUACGCCCAAUGCAUCAAUUAUUCAGGCACUAAUCAAUAGUUUAAGCAGGUCACAAUGUCAGCUUAUUUUCCACAUAGGCGUAAUCCACGUGUCAAUUGCUUGGUUUAGUUCGUUGACAGCCGUAGAAAUUGGCAUUUAAUUGGUGCUGAAUUAAUAAGCGACUGGGUGAAAGUUUCUGUCACUUAUAGAGUUUGUUUACUUUACUUGGGGCAUACUGCCAUAUUGCAGACUUUAGAUAUACAACAGCCACUGGCUUUGUCUAUCAUACUCUAAGAAGAGUAUAAUGCUUAGCAGAAAAUCGUAUGAAUGGAAUGAUAGCAAGCAAAGAAUGUUUCUGUGUC